GAUCUGAUAGGAUUACUUGGCCGGAAGGUCUAGGGCGGAUGAUUGAGUACUAGCCGAGAUGGCGGCGGCUGCAGCGAUUCGUGGGGUCCGAGGGCAAUUGGGCCUUCGUGAAAUUCGUAUCCAUUUGUGCCAGCGCUCGCCCGGCAGCCAGGGUGUCAGGGACUUCAUUGAGAAACGCUAUGUGGAGCUGAAGAAAGCGAAUCCCGACCUGCCCAUCCUAAUCCGCGAGUGCUCGGAUGUGCAGCCCAAGCUCUGGGCCCGCUACGGUGAGCGCGGGACGCAGGGAACCAGAGACCCCGCAUUUGGCCAAGAGAAGAAUGUCUCUCUGAACAACUUCAGUGCUGAUCAGGUAACUAGAGCCCUGGAGAAUGUGCUAAGUAGCAAAGCCUGAAGUCUCCACUGAGGAUUAGGAACAACAGCCCCAGAGUCUGGGCUCUGCUGGACUGAGUACAAUGUGGAGAAAUGUAUUCUGUUCUGUAUAAAGAUUGUGCUGAAAA